AAUUGGGAAAUUACCAAAAAGCAAACAAAGACAAGCGAUCGAACGACUGAAACUAACUCCGCCUCGAAAAAAAUCUCACCGGAAAGUAGACGGAACCGUCCGGCUUUCGCUUGCAUGUGUUACAAAUGAAAGUCGCUAAGGUCAACAACGUCCUUUCAUUUCCAUUUCUUUCUCAUUUCAUUUUCACAAUCAUUCUUUUAGCAUUGAAUCCAGUUGUGAGCAUCAGAUUCCCAGAUCGGAUCCCUCAGGUUGCUAAUGAUGCCUCCAAUCAGGCAUUACAAACAGCAGUUUUCGCUCUCGGAAGCUUCUGGAGGUCAGAAGCGUCAUUUGGCUGCCUUAAUGGUAUUGUAAGAACAACUGUCGGUUAUGCUGGUGGUUCAAAAGCUAAUCCUGAGUACAGAAAUUUAGGCCAUCACGCUGAAUCUGUACAGGUCGAAUAUGAUCCCCAAGUAAUUGGUUUCAGACAACUAUUGGAGGUCUUCUGGGCUAGCCAUGAUUCUAGGCAAGUCUUUGGGCAAGGUCCUGAUGUGGGUAACCAGUACCGGUCUAUUAUUUUCACAACCGGCACGGAGGAGUCAAGAUUGGCUGCUGUUAGCAAAGAAAGAGAACAAUCAAAGUCAAAGAGCAGCAUUGUAACCACUCAAAUUCAACAGCUUGAAGCUUUUUAUCCUGCAGAGCCUGAACAUCAGAAAUUUGAGCUUAAGCGGAAUCCCUUCCUACUCCAGUUGAUGGGAAACUUGCCUGAGGAGGAGCUUGAGAGGUCAACACUGGCUACAAAACUAAAUGGCUAUGCAGCAGAGCUUUGUCCAUCAAGAAUCCAAAAGCGGAUUGAUGCAAAGAUCAAUGAUAUUAUUAAGAAAGGUUGGCCCAUUCUCAGAGAAGUUUAGGUAUACAUCUCAAGGGUAUAUGAGAUCCUGCAGACCUUUGUUAAGGUGUAGAAACUGAGAGUUUUUUUUUUUUUUUUGCUGAGGUGAUGUCUUGCAGAUGACAGAAUACCCUGUCAUGCAAAUUUCAUCCUACAUUAUAGAAUCUGAUAGCGAGCAGAGACCUUUUUACAGAGAUUAAUCAAAUUUGUUUGUACAAUCAGAAUGUUCAGUAUAGGUUGAUUAAACUAGACCGAGCGGAGACCUUUUCACGGAGAUUGAUCAAAUUUGUUUGUACAAUCAGAGUGUUCAGGAUAGGCAUCGUUAUGCUCAGACUGUUGGGACCUUAAAAUCAUGUUGUUGUAUGCACUUUUUAUUCUAUGUAUGCUUCGCAACCAAGUUAUCAUGUUGCAGUA